AUGGCUCAUCUUAAUCAAUUUGAUAGAUAUCUCGAGGCGUCCAAAGGUUGGGCGCCAUUAGCCAUCGGUAAAGACUGGGUCGGGACCAAAUACCUGGGAGGUGGAACGUAUGGCAUGGCUUGUCUAUUUGAAUAUCAAGGAGAUAAUCCAGAUGUGUCGCCGCGGAAAAUCGUGGUUAAACAGGAAGGAGAUGACGGUGUUAAUUUGAAGCAGGAGAGUAGGAUAUUACAAAGACUCAUGGAAUACGAGAGUGAUCAUAUUAUUAAGAUAUAUAAGGCCUGGCAUCGAACGAUGGGUGCGGGAACAGACCCUGGGAAGGACCCCUCAAUUGUUGACCACACCUGGAAGAGAAGUUUCAGGAAACAACUCGCGGACCGUGUCAACGAUGUGUCAAGAAUAUAUAUAGAAUAUGGAUCUCAUGGGGAUCUAGAAGGUUGGAUGGAUGAUCAUUGCACUGCCACACAUCCAUCGGAAGAAUAUGUUUGGAGACUGUGGGAAUGUUUAUUGAAAGGGUUGAUGAUCUUGAAGCAUGGGACUGAGAAUUGGCGAGAUGAUCUUUCUGAAGAGGGAGCGAAACUUUGGCAUACUCCUGUGGGACAUUUUGAUUUAAAGGCGGCGAAUACAUCGGCGACAAUCCCAGACCAGGCCAUGACCCUUGCUGACUUCGGACUCGCACUUGAAAUUCCUGACCCUAGAGAGCUGGAAAGAGAUCCAGAAAAAUUGAAGGCCUGGAUGAAAAUAGCCGAAUUCCGCAACAGCUUCCUCGCACCAGAACAAAACUUCAUCGAUCACCCAAAUCGUAUAAUAGGCACUGCAGUCGAUCUUUGGAACAUUUCUCACAUUGUUUACAUGUGCUUAAAUGAGACGGAAUCGAUACCAAAAAACGAACUUUUCACGAUAGGAGUAGAUCCUGUUCCUAGCUUGACAUUCAAAACCAUGGGCAUCCGACUCCUGGAUCCAGACCGUGUGAUUUACAGUAGAAAGUUGAGGGGGGUGCUUUUGAGAGGUUUGGCAGUUGAUCCGAAUGAGCGUUGGAACGUGGAAGACUUGUUGCAAAUAGUGCAGGAGGUUUUGGAACAUUGGAAUUUUGGCGACGAUACGGAUCUUUUUAUGGAGGGUAUACAGUCAGAACUUGAUGAGUGGAAGGGUGAGGUAUAUCCCGCACUGUCGCAGGACCCAGAUAGUGAGAAAGGAAUGAAGGUGAGGCGCUUUAAAAGAAUGGGAGUAUUCAACCCGCUAGGUGUAUACAAUCCAGUGGAUUGGAAUGAUCAAGAGGACGAAUAUGAUUACGGGGCCGUCAAAUUAUUAUUCCCGACUCAUAAAGCUGUUCAAAUGGGUCAUCGUGACAUGCCAUUUGAGAAAGGGGUUGCGGAAAAGCCACCGCCACGAUUCCCGGAUUGGAGUGGAGUAGGCAAGGAUGGAAAACGAAAGCGAGAUCCAGAUGAUAAAGACGAAGAGGACGAGGACGAUACCAAAGCGACUGCAUCAGGAAGUGGAAGGCCCAUGCCAAAGCCACUAGCUGGGGCAAAAAGAAUGAGAACAGCACAGGAACAAGAAGGAGGAGAAAUCACAGACUCCCCAAGAACUUCCGGUUCCGACCCAACCUCAUCUAGUCAAAGCACUUCAUCACAACAAAGCCGAAAGAAAAGACAACGCACAACAUCCCCUCGGAAAGCGCCAAGUCCAGAAUUAGGAGGAGGCGCUGCAAAGCCUAGAUUGCCCCAGCGGUCACCGUUCAAACGGCGCGGAUAUGUUCGGGAUGAUGAGGGAGAGUUGGUUUGGCGUACUUUACCAACUCAACCUAGAGAUGACGAAGAUGAGAAUGAUGUCGAACGGAGCGCGCCCUGGAUUCCGGAUGAUCCUAUAAAAGAUGUUGAUUUUUACAAUGAUGAGGUGUAG